GUUGUCGGGUGAUUUGCCUUCGACUGGCAAUAAUUAUUUAAUGGGCAAGAGCGACUGCCUUUUUUAGACUUUACAUAUUUCUCACGAAAAUUAUAUAAAUUCAACAUUGUAGUUCUUUGUGAUUUCUCGCUCCAUCUCAACAUUCUAGAUUUAGAAAACAUGGCACCUCUUACAUCUGGAUCUCUACUCCUUGGUCAUCUGCCAGCGGUGACUGCGACAAGACCGGGACCUUACUCCAAGCCUAACUCAGCAACCACUUCGGACGCUCUGUUCGUCUGUCCGGGAGACUUGAUCGCUAAAAAUGGUCUCUCCUUGCUCAGAGGCCGCGGCGUCGUGAAGGAUGCUUAUGGCGAUUUGCGGGCUAGCAUUCCAGGACGGUUGGACCGAGUUUCGCAGCUCGUCUACGUCCAACCAGGUGGGUCGAAAAAUACAGGUGGAUGCUUGAGCGGCGCAUCAACGUCAUCCUCCUCCUCAUCUUCGACUAAUUCCUCUUUAGCAACCGGUGACGUUGUAAUAGGCAGAAUAGCUCAAGUGCUGCAUGGCAAGUGGGCAGUUGAUGUUGGCGUAGGUAGCGGACAUGCGACACUGCCGUUAGCUGCGAUUCACUUGCCGAAUAACGAGCAAAGGAGACGCACGGCUGAGGAUCACCUGCAAAUCAGAGAAUACUUUAAGGAGAACGAUUUGAUAGUAGCUGAGGUCCAAAGGGUCACUCUAGGCGGGGGAGGAGGUGCAGGAAGUGGUUCAGCAGCAACCUCCUCAUCUAGUAGCAGUCUUGGUGGAGCUGCUUCUGGCGGUGUACAAAGUGGUCAGUCUUCGCUUGGAGGAGACACGAUACCCUUCAGCGGUGGAGGAAUUAGUAGUAGUACUAGGAAAGACAACGCGUGUUCGUGGUCUCUGCAAUCCGGCGGUGGGUCGUCCGAGGUCUACCUUCAAACUCGAAGUGCAAAAUACGGCUUGCUACGUAAUGGAGUCUUGGUUUGCCUGAAAAACCGGAAUCUUUUAGAACGCGGCACACAGAACAUUCUGCGGUUGAAUAGAGUCCCAGUGCCUGUUGAACCAAUGUCUGUCGAAGGCCGCGAGGUAGAUGACUCAGUUUCUGGAGAAGACGGCAAACGACCUAAAUGCAAAGGACUAGCAGAGCCAGCUUUCGUUAGCCUUCAAUUAAUCCUGGGCGCAAACGGAUGGAUCUGGAUCCAGGCGGCGCCUGAGAAUACUGGUGGAGUUGAAACGCUAAAUUUCUCAGGGAAUGACUCGAUUGCAGAUGGAGCGGGCCUGCCGCCUAAAGUCCGAAAAGCUAUCUUGGAGUAUAGAGAAGCACUGUUAGCGAUGGAUGAAGCGUGGGUAAGGAUAUCGAUGGCAACAUUGGAGAGAGAGAUGGCUAAACGACGUGCUGGUAAGGGGAAUGUCCAGGAUGUGGGAAUUGAACGCUGUUGAAAGAAAAAGACUGACUGAUGAUGAAGAGGACGACCAUGUUGAACUGGCGUGAGGAGCAAUGAUAUAAUGGACAUUCGCAUAGAGAUGUGACAUUCAUCGCGGUCAUCGUUUCUAUUCCCGUUUUUCGUUUUCCUUGAUAUUGAUCCCAAAGAUUCGCAGUCGUUUAGACUGUGGCGUAGUUGUAUCCAAAACCGUUUGGGCACCAUCACCAACACCGCAAGUCAUGUUCACCGAGAAAAGACGGUGUCCGCAGCUUGACUGAGUCCAUCAGUUGAAGAUUUGUCAAUCAAGUACCGAUCCGCGAUCAUAACCAAAAAAUUUGGAUUUAGAUUCUUUAGAUCUGUGUGAGCUGGCGUUUUGCCGAGGCUGAAGCGAUCAAGGUCCAUUACAGAUAAUUGCAUGGAAUGAAAUAUUUAGAUCCAACAUGAG